AUGGCGCUGCAGCGUGUGGGCAGCGAGGCGCCCGACGGCCGGGGCUCCGCGCUCUCGGGCGUCACGUCCGCGGAGGCUCACGCCCGCCGGGCGCAGGAGCCGCAGGCCGCUCUGCUCGCCGGGCUGUGCUCGGACCUGCGCCCGCCACAGGGCGCACUGGUUCUCAGAGUCGCCACGACGCCGCGCGGAGUCUCCAGCGGAAGUGAGCGGGGAGACGGGGUGGCGGCUCCCCCGCAGGCCCGAGGGAGGCGGGCUGGGGGCCUGGCCCACGCCGUUCGUCGCCCGAGGGCAGCUCUCCCGGACCCGCGCGCCCGCAUCCCCACCCUCGGGCAGAGAGGGGCGCCAAGCCCCGCCCACCCUGGGCCCUCGCACCUACGCCGCCUAAUCACGCGCCGCCCCGCCCUUCCGGGCCCGCGGCGAGGCUCACGGGCUGUUCCGCUUGCGCUUUCCCUUCAGCCGAAGCAGCUUCCCGACAAGUGGCAGCACGACCUGUUCGACAGCGGCUUCGGGGGCGGUGCCGGCGUGGAGACGGGGGGCAAGCUGCUGGUGUCCAACCUGGACUUCGGAGUGUCAGACGCCGACAUCCAGGAACUCUUUGCUGAAUUUGGAACGCUGAAGAAGGCGGCUGUGCACUAUGAUCGCUCUGGCCGCAGUUUAGGGACAGCAGAUGUGCACUUUGAACGGAAAGCAGAUGCCCUGAAGGCUAUGAAACAGUACAAUGGUGUCCCUUUGGAUGGCCGCCCCAUGAACAUCCAGCUUGUCACAUCACAGAUUGACACACAGCGGAGACCUGUACAGAGCAUAAACAGAGGUGGUAUGACUAGAAACCGUGGCUCUGGAGGCUUUGGUGGUGGUGGCACCAGGAGAGGAACCCGUGGAGGUAGCCGGGGAAGAGGCAGAGGUACCGGCAGGAACUCAAAGCAGCAGCUCUCUGCAGAAGAGCUGGACGCGCAGCUGGACGCCUAUAAUGCAAGGAUGGACACCAGUUAAACAGCCGGGCAAACCGUGUGUGGAACAGGACCCAGACGUCUCGUCCCUGCUCCCUGGUGGGAGGGGGUGCUGGGCUGCGCAGCCAAUGACGGAUUUGUUUCUUUUGUGUUUUAAAAUAGGAUUUAAAAACUCAUGUAAAGGUUUUUUCUUUUCUUUUUUUUUUUUUUAAUUCUGAAACAGACCUGUUUUGUACCAAGUUAUUUUUGGGAUAAAUUUUACUGGUUGCUGUUGUGGAGAAGGUGACGUUUUUCACCUUUGCCAUAAUAAAAUAGAAACGUGUGUAGACCUGGAAGUGUCUGGUCCAUCCCGCUGCUACAGCCCUUGCCUGGCAGCGCUGGGUGUCUGCCCUAUGGGAGGGGAGAGUAGAGCCAUCUGUGGCACCUGGCAUGGGGUUGGAACUAUGCUUUGAAGGUGGUGGCUGCCACUCUCCUGUCCCCUUCCCUACCUUUCCUAACUCUUUACGCUCUGAUUCAGUAGGUGGGAGGACACCAGAGGCGCAACAGCCCCUUCCCUAGAGCUGCCUGUUCUCUCUGCCUGUGCCACAAGGUUAAGGGUGGGUGGGUCAUCUGUGCAGUGUCUAGAGGUCUCCCAUGACAGGCUGUUGGGCUAUCCUUUCCCUUCUCUGCACUGUAUCGGGGAAACCUGGGCUCUGAGGUUCUGAUUCUUCUGUGUGGUUCCAACUCUUCAUAAAUAGGAUGUACAUUUUCCCCUUAAUCUUGUACAGUUGUGCAGAUAAUCAAAUCUAGGGGCGUUUGAGUCCUUCUCGUACAGCAGCUUGGUGUGUGCAUAGGUCAGGUCCUGUGCACACUUUCCCAUUUCUAAGUUGUCUCUGGCUCCUUAUGCCUGGUGCAAGGCACAUGUUCUGUUAUUGCCUGUUGUCCUGUAGUGGUAGGGAAGGGUUCUGUGUGUCCCAGCACACCCAGUCUUCCUGGAUGUCUGCAUCCUCGGUUGGCUGACCAGGACAUUGGAGGGCUGGCUGUAUUUGAUAAUGAUAAAGUAGGUAGUGGAAGUGAAGGCAGAACCUAACCUCUAUGCCAGAGGGGGCAGGGCAACAGGGACAGCUUGAUGUCAAGUUAGUUGGUGAUACUGUUUUGAGAAUGGGUUGGACAUGGAGAUAAGAGCUUUAGAUCUUACCCUGCUGGGAGGACCCUGCUGGUGUGUGAGUAUUGUGGAGACUUGAGGCUGGAGAGGGAAUUCACUCAGGGGAACUGACAGCGCUCUCUGCAGACAGUAGGUUCCAUUGGGCACAUGCUCCAGACCAGCUCUGCUUCCGAGUUUGGUCUGACUCGAGUCAUGCAGGAGAGAGUGUGUCAGUUACAGUGACCCUACAUAAAAAUCAGUGGCUGCCAUCUGAACAGCCUUUCCCUGUGCCAGGAAGGGCCACUACUAUUAACAAACAAGGUGACUCAUUCUGGCUCUCUGAGGCAGCUCGUCCAGUAGGGGAAAGGACUGCUGCAACUCUAGUUGCCAGAGCAGAGGAGUCAAUGAGAGGCAAGGCAGUCCAUGCAGUGGGACGGAGGCCGUCCCUGAGAAGGUGGCCUCGAGUGGUCCUGAGUGUUGGAGCCAUACCCGCUGCCUAGCAAGCAGAGGAAGCACUUGGUAGGUGUACCUCACAGGGAGGAGUGAGGAGAGUUAGGGGCUAUGACCUUCUUGGGAGGAAGGAACACCAGAAUGAUGUGUUGUGAGGUGCAGUAGGUAGGUGUCAACGGGGAGAAGACCCCAGGAAGGAGCAGGCUGAAGGUGGCAAUCACGGAUUGGCUAUGUCACACACGCGAGAGGUGGGGCAGAGGCACCCAGGUGUCUUGUAUGAGAAUGCUACUUUGAGUUGGACAUCUUUGGUUUGGUAGCUGGCAAGUGGAGGUGGCUCAGAGGAAGGCGUUGGAAGAGAUGGAAAUGGGGUCACAUCACAGGAGCAGUGGCUAAUGUCUGCUGUGGGGACAGUGGCAUGCGGGUGGCAAGCCUGGCCAUUUGUAAUUAGUGUUGCUAGUGUGGCCAAUCUGGAGGCCACCUGGCUUCCUGUAAGUGAUGAGCAAAAGAGCUGGGUCACCUACUUUCUGAAGUAGACCUUUGUUCCCAGUGGGCACCACAGGGAAGACCUCAUUUGUCCUCUGAGCCAUUUAGUCUGGAUAUUUUUCAGGGAAGAAGAUAGAGGCUCUUUUUGUGGAAUGCACAUGCUGUAGUUCAGGUCCUCUGGAGGCUGGUGCCUCAGUUUCCUGCCUAGAGAGGGGGGAGGAAACCACUGACCCCAAGAGUGUUUGAGGAAAGGAUGACUUGAGACUUGAUGUUCUGCAGGUUUUUCUCCUUUAUUCUCCCUCAGACCAUGAGCUGCAGAUGUUUGGUUGGCUGCCAGAGCCCUUCAGGUGCCUGGGGCGACCCAGUUCCUUUUGUAGCCCUGUGGUCUGCAUGAGAAACUAGAGUAAUUGGCUCAAAGGAGGGCACGUGACUCAGGAAGGGCAAGAGGGGGGCUGAGCUAUCAGAUGUGCUGAUUGAAGGAAAGGUCAGCAAUGGGGAGAAGCAGCAACUCCAGGUUUCAGAGCUCUUCCCAGGUUAGCUCACAGCACCCAGUGCUGACGUCAGCUCCAUGCAUGGGGAGGUGGCUCUCUGUUGGAAGCAGAAGGAGUGGAGCAAAGGCCCGCCAGAUCCAUGCAUUGAGAAGGAGGAGUCCUCCCUUUGGAGUUCGAAUCCUAUUAGACCUAACCUGACCUCGCUGGGUUCAGUGAUUCAGUGGUUUGGUUGCUAUAUGCAGACACCAUUGUAAUAAUUUGUCUUGCUGUUUAUACCUUGCAAUGGGUUGAUGGUUUAAGUAGGAAAUGAAACACAGUAAUGAUAGAUAUGAUGGUGACAGAAGAAGUAGGGGAGUGGAGGUGCAGAGGUCAAGGUAGACGGAACAGCGCGCUCCAUAGCAAGCCGCACAGCUGUCAGAUGUCUGUUGAGACCCUGGCCUGUGCCUUGUACUCUAUUCAAUGUUCUAUGUAGUUUUCUCCUCUUUUCAAGAAUCUAGUGAUAUGAUCUUUUCACUUUAGAACUUAAAGAAAAUGAAGUUUAUUAACUCACCCAACAAAAAUGUGUGCACCUGUUGCAGGGAUAAAAGCACUGAACAAAAUACAUAAUCUCUUAACAGAACUCUAGUACAUUCUAGUGGAGAAAAAAGAGGAGGGCUGGGGCUGUAGCUCAGUGGUACAGCACUUGUCUAGCAUGUGUGAGGCACUGGGUUCGAUUCUUCAGCACCACAUAUAAACAAGUAAAAAGUUCAUCAACAUCUAAAAACAAUUAAAAAUAGGAUUGCUGGGCAGGGUGGUAUACUCCCAUACUCCCAGCAACUUAGUGAGGCCCUAAGUGACUUAGUAAGAUCCUGUCUCAAAAAAUAAAAUGGGCUGGGGAUGUGCUGAGUGGUUGAGGGCACUUGGGUUCAAUCUGUUACCCUAAAAAAAUGAUGAAAGGAAGUGGAGUACAGACACAGGGUAUCCAGUGAGGCCAUGGAGGAAAACCUUGCAGGGUGGAGUUGUGAACGCUUGGACAGUGGAGGUGAAGCUCACUGGCAGAGGCAGAGAAUAGCACACACCAGGGAAGGGUAGGAACCGCCCAAGAUCCCAGUGUGGGGGUGGUGUAGGUGACCUGAGGCAUUAAUGUGAGGACACCAGCUAGGGGAUGAGCCAGUGAGUGGAGGGCCAGAGUUUCACUCAUGGCCAGUGGACCAGGGCCAUCCGUGUUAGAUGGCACUCCAUCACUGAGCUCUGUCCCCAGCCCUAGGAAUUGAGCCCACGGAUCCAUGUACGCCAGGCCAGGGUACUGCCACUGUGCUACACACCAAGUCUUUAAGUUUAUUUUGUUGGGGUGGGGGGAUUGGGGAUUAAACCCAGGAGUUUACCACUGAGCUACGUUCUCAGCCCUUUUUAUUUUGAGAAAGGGCCUUACUAAGUUGCUGAGGCUGGCUAUGAAUUUGCAAUCCUUGAGUUGCUGGGUUUAUAGGUGUGUUCCACCAUGCCUGGCAAUCCUUUUCGUGUCUGGAUAAGAUAGAAGUUAUCACAGAAAGACUUUCUUUCCUGGGAAACUUGGAGGAUUUCACUUGAGAACACUGUAAUGACCUUCAUGGGGUUGAACACUUUUGGCAUUAAUCCAUGCAACAAAAUAGAUUCAAAUACUGAUUUGUUACCAGGCCUGGCGGCCUUCACCUGUGGUCCUAGAAACAACUGAUGUUCUUGAAUGUGAUGAAUGCCUGUACUCCAGUCUGUUGUGCUGUUAGCUGCUGGUAGGACCUUAUAGGCUGAAGGGCAUUUGGAAGUUAGGUUUUUGGAAGCAUGCCCUUGAAAGGGAUAUUGAGACCCUGGCCUCUUUCACUUCUUGGCUGUCAUCUUAAACUAUGCUGCCAUACACCCAAACAAGCUGCCAACAGCUCAUGGACUGAAACUGGAAGCCAAAAUAAACUUUUCUUUGACUACA